AUGAAAAAGCUGAAGUAUGUAAUUCCUUUCGUCUAUGUUGGAGACAUCACUCCUCCAACAAAGCAACCACUAUCUUACUACAUCACUGUUCCACACAUUCUUGAAACACUCGAGACUUACUACUAUCCUGGAUCACAAGGAAGAGAAGAAAUUAUGAAACAGGACAACAUGUACGUCUACUUUGACAACAAAACAUUAAGUAUUGCCAUUGACGCACUAAGGAGAGGACUUGGCAAGUCAACCUCCUACAACUACAAUGAUCCAGAUGAAGACAAUCCUGUGUGUGCUUUCUUGGAUGGCUGA